AUGGGGAGUAAUAAGAAGAAAUCUUCAAAGAGGAAUAAAUCCAGUGUUAACUCUAACACGAAUAACAAUAAUAAUAGCAUUCCUCCUUCACUCAAAGGGGUGGAGGGAGAAAUGGUUAAAGAUGUCCAAUUUGAAACCAGUAAUGCAAUGGCCACCUUAAAUAACAAGGCGCAGCAGCAUAGAGCCAAACUUGGUAGUUCAACCACUCUAUAUGAUGAGUCCAUUGAAUAUCCCACUUCUAGAAUUAUUAGAAGAGCUCCAAAUGGAGAUGUAAUUGUAGAAAGUUUAGAGCUACCCAAUAACACUUCCAAUAAUAGUAAUAGUGGUAGUAAUUCUAAUCAUGCCGUUGUCAAAUCCCUUUUAAACCAUAAAGAUACGCCUGAAUUGAACUUUUAUAUGGAUUCACAUUGGGAAUCAUUAACUUCUGAAGAAAAAAAGGAAAUUUUGAGAAUCGAAAAGAGUGAAGUUUUUGAAGUUAUAAAAAACUAUAAUAAACAUGGUAUUACAAAACCUACAACUACUGUUACUAUCAAUAACGGUAAUAAAAAUAAUAAUGAUAUUGAUAAUAGUAAUAAUAAUAAUAAUAAUGGUGACAAUAAUGAUUUGAAAGAUAGUAAUAUUAAUAACAAUAAUAAUAAUAAUAAUAAUAAUAAUAAUAAUAAUAAUACAACUUCUACCGGUCCCAAUGGCGCUUGUAAUUGUUCUAUUUGUGGUCGUAGAAGUGUUAGCAUUGAAGAAGACUUGGAGGAUAUUUAUGAUUAUAUAUAUAUUCAAGAGAAGCUAAAAUACCCUGAACUUACUUACGUUUUGUUUCAUUUGAAUUUAGUAAAAGAGUUGCAACAAGCUUCUAACAAUAGAUUACAAACACAAAGACAGCAAGAACAGCAGCUCGAUAAUAACGAAAAAGAAUGUGUUUUUCCUAAGAACAGUACGAAUGUUACCACACUAAAUGCCAAUGUGAACGAUAAUACUACUUAUACAAAGUUGCCGCCGCCUUCUUAUGAUGAUCAAAAACAAAAUACCACUGCAACCAAUAUUGAAUCUGUAAAAAAAGAUGAUCUUGAUAAUAAAAUAAUACCCAGCAUUAAUUCUCAACAAGCUACGCACCACGAUAAUAGUAGUAGCAGUAGUAAUAAUAACAAUAAUAUUGGUGAUGAUGAAAAUAAUGAUAAUAAUAAUAAUAAUAAUAACAAUAAUAAUAAUAACCGUAAUAAUGAUAAUAAUAUUGGUGGUAAUACAAAUUUACAGGAUCACCAACAAACUUCAUUUAUAGAUGAAAAUCAAAGGAAGUUGUAUGAUGAAUUUGCAUCGGAAUAUAUUAGUGGGCAUCCAGCUAUUGCUGAAGCCUAUGUGAAUAAAAUGUUAAAAUUUCCCCACAUGAAAGACUUAACCGAAGAUUUAUUAAAGAAUCAUGGGAAAGGAUUUUUAAAGGCAAUAGAGCAGUUUGCGCCUACAAAAAGCAUUAGUUCUCAUAAGAACAAUAGUGAUGAAGAUGAAAAUUAUGAAAAUUACACAGAUAAUGAAGAUCACCCUAAUAACGCUGUAAUCUCAACUUUUAAGGACAGUUCGGACCUAGAACAUAUUGAAGAAACUUUAAAGAAAAAUAAAAAUGAUGAAAUAAGAAAAAUGUCCCCUCAUGAAUUUAAAGCUUUCCGUACUCUUUUGUUUAAUGGAAUGCUCAAUAAAAAAAAAUCAAAUUUCGACUCCACUACGUCGUCCACUAAUAAUGCAAUUUCAUUUACCUCUAAGGAAAGCGAUACUAUUACUGAUAGUUCCAAUAAUGAUGUCAGUUGUGACAAGGGUGAUAAGUCUGUCAACUUCAAAAAUUUAGAAAACUUUGCUAAGUUAAUGAAUUCAAAUGACCCGGAAACUAUUGAAUUUAGUAAUAAAUUGAUUCAAACGCUGCGUCUUAUGAGAAAUGAAAAAAAAAUUGGCAAAGAAAAAAAUGUGGAUGAAUACGAAAGCGAUGGUAAAGAUAAUGAAGAGAAGAAGGCUAGCAAAGAAGAUACUGCCAAUAGCAACAUUAUGAAUAAUAAAGCUGACACUUUACCUUUGAGUAUUGAAGACACAGAUGAAAGACAUAUGCAACUUUUGAGACAAGAAAUGUUUGAAAAUAUAGUGAAAUUUACUGAUUCUAAUGGCAAUAAAGUAAAUGGCAACGUUAAUGAGGGUACCUAUAGUGAUUUAUCUAAAGAAUUUCAAGAUUUUAUUGGAAAGGUUACUGGUACAAGUGGAAUGCUUCACACAUUAUUGGCACAAAAUAACAGUGAAAAUAAGAAAAAGAUUGAAGAGUUAAAUCCAAGUGAAGAAGAAAUCAAUGAGAUCACAGAAGAAUAUAUGGAUGAUGAAAGUGUUCACCUUCAACACAUGGCACAAUUACGCCAUAGCCUUGAACAGGAACACAAACUGCAUAUACAAAAUCAGUGCUAUCACGGCAAAAACGAUAAAGAAGAUGACGGUGCUGGAGAACCUAGGUGUUCAUGUAAUCAUGAGUUUGAUGGAUACGACGAUGAUGAUGAUAACGAUGAUUACGAUGAUAAUUAUGAGGAGGAGGAGGGCGACGACGAGGACGAUGAUGAUGAUGAUGAUGAUGAAAUAGAUGAGGAGCAACGUAUUGAAGAGGGCCGAAGAUUAAUUCAAAUUGCCAUUACUAAGAUUCUGCAAAAAAAAUUAAUUGAAUCGUUUAAAAUGAAACAAGCUGAAAAAAGUAGGCUGAAAUUGUUGGAAGAAUUGGAAAACGAAGAACAGAAAAAGAAAGCCAAGGUAGAAAAAAAGAUGAAGAAAAGGGAAAAGGAAAAGAAGAAGAAAAAACAACAACAAUUAGCUAGGGAAAAAGAACGUGAAUUAAAAAAACUAGAGGAGCAAAAAAAAAAAGGGAAGCCGAGGAAAAGGAGCUCAAAAGGAGAGAAAUACAAAGAAAAAAAGCUGAAGAAGCCAAGAGACGCAGGGAUGAACAGUUGA